CCGAGCCCAUAGUCUGCUGUUCUCUCCCUGCUGAUACCUUCCUGGAACGUGCUCCAGUGCGUCGAACGUACCAGGAUGGUCAAAUUUGGGUGACUAGGAUGGGGGAUGGACGAGGCAUGCGAGUGCCUAGCGUCGGGAUAUGCUCCGUUAGCUUGUUAGGGGCCAACAUAGAGUCUGGAGCACCUGCAUCCACGCAUGCAGUCCAUUUCAGUCAGUCCACAGAUGAUGGUUGUGAGCAGGGAGUCCGUCGCCUGGGAUCGAGCUAAGCAAGCACCACCACCCAUGCCCUGGCCGCUCUCGGAAACCGUCUCGCAAGCAGCCGAUGCGGAUCAAGAGAGCAGAGCCGACCUGGUCCCUGCCAGCAGCAUGGGGAAGUGUACAUGGCGUGCGUCGUGGGUUGCACAGAUCGGUGAUUGUGUUCUUGGAUGCGGCACAGAGAACAACAACAUGCCACUUGCACGCUUGUGCAUGCAGCCGGAGACGCGCCCUCAUUCGUCACCGCAGAUCCGCAUCGAGAUGGCCGCCCACGCAUCCCAGCCCUUGCUCAUGCACAACUCGGGUUCUGCCUGCCAAUAUCGUCAUAUGCGAUGUUGGCUGGCCUGUGCUUCGUGUGGCUCAUCGGAACCAUUACCGGUGCACAUGGCUGCAGGCUCCACCAGGUCCACCCUUGCUUGUGUGCUGUGCAACCUCGAACGUCAAGACAACCUUGAUACCUGGAACCACCAGACGCUCAUGUCCGACCUGGCUGAUUGCGAUAGCCAGUGCCGCACACACUGGGGACGUAUCCGACCAGCAAAAGGUGCGCGCAAACAGGAAAUAGGCGCGUCUCCAGCUGCCGACCCGUGACGCUUGCGACUGUCCCGGUCCGGCUCACAACGGA